CAUUUUAGCAGUGAACCGUUAUGAAUGAAAUUUUCUUCUUUGUUAAUGGGAGAAGAUUCAAAAACAAGAAGAGAUGGAGAAAUCCCUCCAUUUCUCAGUGACGUUUCUGAACUGCCUUCAAAUCGUCUCCAAAGUCUAGUUUUCUAGUGGAGGCUCACUCUCUCUGCUUCCAACAUUCAUUUUUGUAUGAUGAAUAUCUGGAUUUUGCCCCUUCAAUAUCUUCCAUCACCGACAUAUCGCAUGAACACUAUCUCGGCCAACUUUAGAGCAAGGAUACGCUUCAGUUUCUCCAAAUUUAGGUGUUUUUGUGCUUCUUCGCUAGAUUUGACGAAUAAUCAUGAGGUGGUCAGUGGUAACAGUUGCUCAAAGAGGAAAAUGGUCAAUAGUUUGAGGGUUAGGGUUAAGGAUUCUGAAGCUCAGCUAAAGGAGAACUGGUUAGCUUCUCUCUCCUACCCAUUUUCCGAGACGGAUGGACAGCUGAGUAUCAAUGGAGAGGAACCCACUAGUAAUGCUGAUUCCCAAUGGGUAAUAGGAAUUGACCCUGAUCUUUCGGGAGCGUUGGCCGUCUUGAAAAAUGAAAAUUCGGGUUUCUCUGCUCAGGUGUUUGAUAGUCCUCACUUGCAAGUAUUGAUUGGCAAAAGAAUUCGAAAACGUUUGGAUGCAAAGUCUAUUGUUCAGUUGCUGUGGAGAUUGGAUGCCCCCACUGGAACUAAAGUAUAUAUUGAGCAAUCAACUCCUUUUCCACAAGAUGGGAAACAGGGAUGGUGGUCUGGAGGAUUUGGAUAUGGAUUGUGGAUUGGGAUGUUAGUUGCCUCUGGAUUUUCUGUUGUUCCAGUGUCAUCUGUAUUGUGGAAGAAUCACUUUGAACUCUUUGGGAACGGCUCAACCAAGGAUGACAGCAGGAAGCUUGCAUCAACAUUAUUUCCGUCUCUGAGUCCCCUAUUAAAGCGGAAAAAGGAUCACGGCAGAGCUGAGGCUCUUCUUCUCGCUGCUUAUGGUAAAGGCCUCAGGGUAGAGCAAGGCACGUGCAAUCUCAUUGAAGAAGACAACAUGAUCCCUUAAAAGCUUGCAAUCUUGCAGUACGGCAAUAAUCCUUCUAGUUUUUGGCUCAUAAAGCUUUUGGUUGCUGGUGUGGGCAAUUUCUUUUCUGAAAAUGGAGGCAUGGGAUGUGAACUGAUGAGUGAAGAAGCCUACAGAUAUGUGUUUUCCAUGUUGAGAGCUUGGGCUCCUCUCCAUCUAUCUCGGAUGUCAUAGAGUACGUCUCGCUCCAUUCUAAUCCAUCUCACUGGGUAGAUCCUUCAGCACAUUCAGUUUCUAACUUAAUCAAACUGCACUUGUA